AUGAAGAUUGACCAGAUAUUAUCAAAGAGCGUGCUUGCCCUUUCUGUGGCAAGCGGGCUGUCUAUGAACAAUAUAAACACUGAUCCAAACAGUGCACAAAUUAUGCGCCGAGCUGACAUGCCUAUAGCAAGCACAGACAUUCCAUAUUCUGCAGGGAAUAUGCCAGUGGCAGAAGAAACAGACAGAACCAUACCUUCUGUGCUGGGGAUGGAAGAAAUAAUUGCAGAUGGUGAUAUUAAGACCAGAGAGAAAAGAGAGCGCGAACACCCCCACAAGGAAAUGUUUCCAUACUUUAUGUUUGGCACAAAGGGACAAAUGAGCUUUGAGCUGGGCACGCCUUUGUCUUUGCUACUCAGCUCUGUUGACCCAUUUGAUGCACAGGGAGUGCACCAAGAACACCCCAGAAAAUUCCCGAUGCCUGGCAGCUGCUCACAGACAGAAGAGUUGCCUGAGCACAACACAGUGGCCCGGGCUUUCAUAACCUCAGGCCCGAUGCACUCUUUGCUCUCGCGGAUAGUGGCAGAUGGCCUGGUAGAGAGCGGGUGCACCAGCAUACAGUUAAAAAUAAAGAUGCUUCCUUCCAGACUAAGAGACUUUGUAAAGAAGGCAUCAGUUGGGUACGGCGAUGCAGACGGGCUUUUGGCUCUUAUAGAAAAGGAAAAAUUAGCAUGA